AUGGAUCUGGCGACGGGGGCCAUGGGCAGCCUCCUCCUCAAGCUCGGCGGCCUCCUUACGGACGAGUACAAGCUGCAGGCCGGAGUCAAGGAAGACGUACAGUACCUCAAGAGAGAGCUGACAAGCAUGUACGCCGCCCUCCGCAAGGUCGGGGACGUGCCGCGGGACGAGCUCGACGUGCAAGUCCAGCUCUGGGCCGACGACGUCAGGGACCUCUCAUACAGAAUGGAGGACGUCGUCGACAAGUUCCUGGUGCGCGUCGAGGGCCCCAAGGCUUCUUCCGCUGCCGCCGACAAACCACGCAAGCUCAAACGGCUCAUGGAGAAGAUGGGCGACCUGUUCACCAAGGGCAGGACUCGCCACCAGAUCGCCGAGGAGGUCAAGGGCAUCAAGGCCCGAGUCCAGGAGGCAGCUGACCGGCGUGAUAGGUACAAGGUCGAUGAUGUGGUUGCUAGUCCAGCAGGCUCAGCAACGGUUGACCCUCGCCUGAUGUCUCUGUAUAAAGAUCGGAAAGAACUGGUUGGCAUCGACGAGCCGUUGAGCAACCUAACUGAGAUGCUGACUGAGGGGGAUACUGAUGUGUCCAGGCAACUUAAGAUAGUUUCUAUUGUUGGAUUCGGAGGUCUUGGCAAGACUAGUCUUGCUAAAGCAGUGUAUGAUGAGCUCCAAUGGCAAUUCGAUUGCAGCGCUUUUGUUCCGGUGGGACUGAAACCUAGCGUGAAGAAACUUCUCAACGACAUUCUCUUUGAAAUUGACAAGCAAAAGCAUCAGGAUUCUAUUUUAUCGUCAUGGGAUGAAAGGCAGCUCAUCGACCAACUCCGAAGAUCACUAGCGACCAAGAGGUACUUCAUCGUGAUUGAUGAUAUAUGGGAUACAGAAGCGUGGGAAAUAAUCAGAUGUGCUCUUGUUGAUAAUAAUUGUGCAAGCAGGAUAGUCACAACUACUCGUAUUCUCGAGGUUGCGACAAAAACCGGUGAAGUAUACAAGCUAAAACCACUUUCUCAUGAUUUAGCUGAGGAACUAUUUCAUACAAGAUUGUUUGGUGGCAAAAACAAAGGCGCUUGUCAUCAGCCAGCAGAGGUAUACGAGAAAAUGUUGCAUAAAUGUGGUGGUGCACCGUUGGCUAUAAUCACAAUGGCUAGCUUGCUUGUUGGUAAACCAGUGGAGUUUUGGUCUAAGGUGUACAACUCAAUUGGUUUUGGAAAUGAAGAUAACAAAGAUGUCAGCAACACGAGGAAGAUACUUUUAUUUAGCUACUAUGAUCUGCCUUGCUAUCUAAGGACUUGCUUAUUGUAUAUGAGCAUAUAUCCGGAAGAACAUCUAAUCGAGAAAGAUAGUCUGAUAUGGAAGUGGGUUGCCGAGGGUUUUAUUCAUGAGGAAGCAGGGGUAGGAUUAUAUGAGAUUGGUGAAAGGUAUUUCAACGAGCUGAUAAAUAAAAGCAUGAUACAACCGGUAGAUUCCCACCCGUAUGAUCGCACCAUUACAGGUUACUACGACAUCAUUACGGGUUGCCGUAUUCAUGAUAUGGUUCUUGACAUGAUCUGUCGGUUAGCAAAGGAAGAAAACUUUGUCACUGCAUUGUACAAUAAUGAGCAACAAGCAUAUACAGUACAUCACAAUGUCCGUAGGUUAGCUGUUGGAGACAAAAACUGUCUGGCUAACACAUGUAUGCCACAAGUAAGGUCAUUUAAUGUCUUGAGUAGUGAUGUUAAGCUGCCAUCGCUUUCAUGCUUUCAAGUUUUACGUGUCCUAGCUCUAGAAGGUGAUACCUCUUCUGAACAUGACACUACUUGCCUUGAGCAUCUUGGAAAGUUAGUUCACUUGAGGUAUCUUGGACUAAGGAAUAUAAAUAUCAGUGAGCUCUAA